AUGAAUCUUCGUCAGCAAAUAAGUCAAUUCUUAUCACUUGCAUAUGUAUUCACUUCUGCAUUUAUGGUAUGGAAAACCAUAUCAGUAAUAACCAAUUCCCAUUCACCAAUUGUUGUUGUACUUUCAGGGUCAAUGGAACCAGCAUUUCAAAGAGGUGAUAUAUUAUUUCUUUGGAAUAGAGAUACACAAGCUAAAGUAGGUGAUAUUGUUGUAUAUGAAUUACUGGGUAAAGAUAUCCCAAUUGUUCAUCGAGUAUUAAGAGAACAUCAUAACCUGGAAAAACAAUAUUUGUUAACUAAGGGGGAUAAUAAUGCAGUUGAUGAUUUAUCAUUAUAUUCAAACAAAAAAAGAUAUUUAGAUCAAAAGACUGAUACUGUUGGUACUGUUAAAGGUUAUUUACCAUUUAUUGGUUAUGUUACAAUAUUAAUUAAUGAAAAUGAAUAUUUUAAAUAUGGUUUAUUAGGUUUAUUAGGUUUAUCAGCUUUAUUUUCUAAUGAUCAAAAUAGUUAG